AUGGGAGGUGCGCCGCCUCCCUUCGCCCCACGAGGCCGUGCGCUGGCGCCGGCCAAAGCCUUGGCGAUGGACGAGACGCGGGCUUCCGCCGGGCGAGAGCAAAGAGGAGUGCCGACAAUGGACAUCUUCGUCCAGUACGAGAGAUCCUGGAGCAUACAGGAUGCGCUGGAUCAGCAUGCUGCGCUGGCGGAGCAGAGGGAGGUCUUGACGGAGAUCGGCCGCAAUCGACUCCGCGUGCGGCAAACGCAGCUGUCGUUCGGUGAGCUCGAGGUGGAGGAAUCACUGGAAGCAGCCCGAUGCAUCAGCACCCUUGACGCCGGAGACACGCAGAAAGUCAUGCGCCUUGCAGGACGUGUUCGCGCAGCUGUGCGCGAUCUGCGAACGGCAGCAAGGCUAAAGCAGCAAGAACAGGUGAUUGUGAACAAGCACCUGACACAAGCUGACAUCGAGAUCGAGAAGAGUCGGCAGGAAAUGACCUGCAUGAAGGAGGUGAUUGAUGACAAAUCGCUGAUGGUAGCCACGGAUGACUCGCAACCCGCAGCGGCACUACCUCUGGACGCGGAAGGUCGGCCACUGCAACAAAGGUAUCGGUACUGCACGAACUGCAAGGUCGGGGGUCACGGCCAGAGGUUCUGCGAGUACCUGCUGGAGAGACCAGAUUGGCGAGUCUAUCCCAAUCAGAAAUGGUUCGAGGACGAGAAGGGCAAUGAAUAUCAUUGCCCACUGGGUAAGAAGCUCGUGGACUUUGCCGACGAGUCUCACUUCAGCCGCAUUGCGAUGUACCUCAAAGGCAGGGCGUGGCUGGAGGAGAAGACCAAGGUGCUGGAGCUGGCGCCGGGGAAGAUGCCGGAGACGUACAUUCUCGAGAAUGGCGCGUGGAGAGGCUCCCCGCCGCCAGAUUUGGAGGCCUCUGAUGUCCCAUGGUUCGUGAAGGAAGCGGACAGAAACUGGGGCACCUCUGUGCACGUCGUAGCCAAGCCUUCAGACUGUUUCGGCUUGGUGAAGCCAGAAGGCGUCUAUGUGGUUCAACCGCACAUCAAGGAUCCGCUCUUGACAGAUGAUGGCCGCAAGUGCCACAUCAAGUUCUACGUGCUGCUUGUGGGCUUCGAAGAUGGAGUCCGGUGGCAUCUGUACACAUUUCAGGAUGGCUACCUGUCCAUCUCUCCGAACAAGUGGUCGCCCACUGAUCUGUCAAAAGACACUCAGGUGACCAUCAUCCGCACCGAGCGGAUUGGCGGCUGGAAGGCCUGGGCCGAGGCCUACCCGAAGUGCAAGGCCGUGGUCGCCGAGGUGAUCCAGCGCGCCGUGGCCCUCGGCAAGCUCGAAGGCCGGCUGAACAAGGUCCAAUUUGAGAUCUUCUCGGCGGACUUCAUCGUGGACACCCGAGGAGAUGUGUGGCUCUUCGAGUUCAACAUGAGCCCUGUGCUAAAGGACCCGAAGGAUGCCCCGAAGGUGAAUGACGCGGACAUGGUCCGGGGUGCACUCUCGAUUGUCGCUCCUUGGAGCGGUGGAAGCCCUUCGCUCUGGGACUUUGCCGGGGAGUUCGUGGGUCAGAAACCGCAGCCCAAGGCACCCGCGACGGCCAAGGUCGCCCCACCCGCCGCGCCUGCGCCUGCACCUCCGCCUUCGUGA